AAAGGUGUGGUGAUGUGACGGAUGUCAGUCAGAUGAAGACAGACAGCAGCAGCAUCUGUCAGUGUCUGCUGAUGAAGGGACGACGUCUCUUUGACCUCAUCUGAACGGGACUUUAACAGCAGAGACCAGACUCUCCUGAACCUGAACCCAGCUGUGUGUCCAUGGUUCCACCUUUAGUGUUUAGAGGACAGCGUCCUGCAGAGACUCACAGGAAACCACGAUGACGGCAGAGGAUCUGUUAAACACUCUGGAUGAUCUAAAAGAAGAUGAAUUUAAGAAAUUCAAAUGGUAUCUGCAGCAGCCAGAGCUCCUGGAGGGCUACCCGAGCAUCAAAGUGUCCAAGCUGGAGACGGCAGACAGGCAGGACACGGUGGACGUGAUGGUGAAGACCUUUCAUCUCCAUGGAGCUCUGAAGGUGACCAAGAAGAUUUUAGAGAAGAUCAACAGGAGGGAUCUGGUCCAGAAUCUGCCAGACCCCGGCUCAGGACCACGAGAGUCAGUGGAUGUCAGUGAUGCUGGAGAGACUUCAGAGAACAGAGGAACCCCCUCCUCUCAGAGCAAAGCUGAAACUCGGAGGGGGGCAGGAAGCCCAGCAGUCAGCGCCCAGGAUGGAGGGGUCGUCUGCUCACCUCACCUUACAGAUGUUCAAGUGGGGGGGAAUGUAACGAUUACUGUCAGCAACACGUACCUCUCGUCUCCUGACAGGACGGAUGGGACCAAAGAAACAGAAGACGGGAUUGUUCCAGUACCAAAGCCACCACGACACAUCUCAUGUUACCAACAACAGCUUCAGCCAAACCUCCAGAAUGGGUUUGUGUGUGCUCAGGAGGGGUGGACCCAGAACAAAGAUGGCCGACCUCUGGAUGACAUCUACACACAUCUGUACAUCAGAGCUACUGGUGACGUCCACAUCAACACACAGCAUGAGGUCAUGCAGCUUGAAGCGGUGAAGCCAGCCGAUACAGAGACAACCAUUACACCUUGUGACAUGUUCAAACACCCCUCUAUAGAAGACAAAGCCAUAAGGACAGUCCUGACCAAUGGAAUCGCAGGAAUUGGAAAAACCUUUCUAGUGAACAAGUUUGUGUUGGACUGGUGUAAAGGAGAAACCAAUCAAGAUGUGCAUCUCAUUUUCCCCUUCACCUUCCGCCAGCUGAAUUUAAAGAAGGAGGACAAGUGGUGUUUGGCAGAGCUCAUUCAUGAAUGUAUCUGGGGGACCAGAGACAUCAAAGAAGAAGCUCUCAAUUACAUCUUUACAGCUCUGCAGUCAUCAGGAAACACCAACUUUGACAGGAGUGAAUUCAAACUUCUGUUUGUUCUGGACGGACUGGAUGAGAGCCGCCUUGAUCUGGACUGCUCCACCAAUAAAAACAGGGCAGUUAAAAUUGAUGUGAAAGCGCCGACCUCAGUGGACGAGCUGCUGACGAACCUCAUCACCAAGAAACUGCUUCCCUCUGCUCGCAUCUGGAUAACCACACGACCUGCAGCAGCCAAUCAGAUCCAUUCUGAUUUUGUAGACAUGGUGACAGAGGUCAGAGGGUUCACUGACCCACAGAAGGAGGAGUACUUUAGAAAGAGAUUCACAGAUCAGGAGCGGGCCGACAGAAUCAUCUCCCACAUCAAGACAUCACGGAGCCUCCACAUCAUGUGCCACAUCCCGGUCUUCUGCUGGAUCACUGCUACAGUUCUGGAGGACGUGAUGAAGACCAGAGAGGGAGGAGAGCUGCCCAAGACCCUGACUGAGAUGUACGCAGAAUUCCUGGUGUAUCAGAUUCAUCAGACAAAAGAGAAGUUUGAACCAGAAGAGUGCAUUCAGUACAUUGAGUCAUUAGCAAAACUGGCUUACCAUCAGUUGGAAAAGGGCAACUUGAUCUUCUACGAGAAAGAUCUCAAAGAGAGUGGCAUUGAUGUCAGUGGAGCCUCGGUGUGUUCAGGAGUGUUCACAGAGAUCUUCAAAGAGCAACGUGGGAAGAAGAAGGAUAAAAAAAAGAUGUUCAGCUUCAUCCAUCUGAGUGUUCAGGAGUUUCUGGCUGCUCUCCAUGUAGAGAGCGCAAUCAUUAACAGAAACGAGAACGUGAUGUUUGGGCAAUGGAUCUUCAAAAAAGUCUGGGGAUUUUUCAGCAGCACAUCAAUGUCUAAGGUCCACAGGUUGGCUAUUGACAAGGCCUUACAGAGUCCAACUGGACACCUGGACCUGUUCCUCCGAUUCCUCCUGGGUCUUUCCCUUGAGACCAAUCACAAACACCUACGAGGUCUGAUAAAAAACAGAAGCUCAGAAACUAAUGAGGAUACAGUGAAGUACAUCAAGAUGAAGAUCAGUGAGAAUCUGUCUGCAGAGAGAAGCAUCAAUCUGUUCCACUGUCUGAAUGAACUGAAUGAUGGUUCUCUAGUGGAGCAGAUCCAACAGGCCCUGAGUUCAGGAAGUCUCUCCACAGAUGAACUGUCUCCUGCUCAGUGGUCAGCUCUGGUCUUCAUCUUACUGUCAUCAGGAAACGAUCUGGACGUGUUUGACCUGAAGAAAUACUCUGCUUCAGAGGAGGCUCUUCUGAGGCUGCUGCCAGUGGUCAAAGCCUCCAAAAAAGCUCUGCUGAGUGGCUGUAACCUGUCAGAGAGAAGCUGUGAAGAUCUGUCCUCAGUUCUCAGCUCUGAGUCCUCUAGUCUAAGAGAGAUGGACCUGAGUAACAACAACCUGCAGGAUUCAGGAGUGAAGCUGCUCUCUGCUGGACUGAAGAGUCCACACUGUAAACUGGAGACACUCAGGCUGAGUGGCUGUAACCUGUCAGAGAGAAGUUGUGAAGAUCUGUCCUCAGUUCUCAGCUCUGAGUCCUCUAGUCUGAUGGAGCUGGACCUGAGUAACAACAACCUGCAGGAUUCAGGAGUGAAGCUGCUCUCUUCUGGACUGGAGAGUCCACACUGUAAACUGGAGACUCUCAGCUCAGAGUCCUCUAGUCUGAGAGAGCUGGACCUGAGUAACAACAACCUGCAGGAUUCAGGAGUGAAGCUGCUCUCUGUUGGACUGGAGAAUCCACACUGUAAACUGGAGACUCUCAGGCUGAGUGGCUGUAACCUGUCAGAGAGAAGCUGUGAAGAUCUGUCCUCAGUUCUCAGCUCAGAGUCCUCUGGUCUGAGAGAGCUGGACCUGAGUAACAACAACCUGAAGGAAUCAGGAAUGAAGCUGCUCUCUUCUGGACUGGAGAGUCCACACUGUAAACUGGAGACACUCAAGCUGAGUGGCUGUAACCUGUCAGAGAGAAGUUGUGAAGAUCUGUCCUCAGUUCUCAGCUCUAAGUCUUCUAGUCUGAGAGAGCUGGACCUGAGUAACAACAACCUGCAGGAUUCAGGAGUGAAGCUGCUCUCUGCUGGACUGAAGAGUCCACACUGUAAACUGGAGACACUCAGGCUCCGUGACUAUAAUCUUACAGAGAGAAGCUGUGAAGCUCUGUCCUCAGUUCUCAGCUCCCAGUCCUCUAGUCUGAGAGAGCUGGACCUGAGUAACAACAACCUGCAGGAUUCAGGAGUGGAGCUGCUCUCUGUUGGACUGGAGAGUCCACGUUGUAAACUGGAGACUCUCAGGCUGAGUGGCUGUAACCUGUCAGAGAGAAGUUGUGAAGAUCUGUCCUCAGUUCUCAGCUCCCAGUCCUCUAGUCUGAGAGAGCUGGACCUGAGUAACAACAACCUGCAGGAUUCAGGAGUGAAGCUGCUCUCUGCUGGACUGGAGAGUCCACGUUGUAAACUGGAGACUCUCAGUCUGUCAGGCUGUCUGAUCACAGAGAAAGGCUGUACUUCUCUGGCCUCCAACCCCUCCCAUCUGAGAGUGCUGGACCUGAGCUACAAUCAUCCAGGAAACUCAGGAGUGAAGCUGCUGUCUGCUAGACUGGAGGAUCCACAUUGGAGACUGGACACUCUCAGGCUGGAACCUGGUGGAGAGCAGUGGCUGAAACCUGGUCUGAGGAAGUAUUCCUGUGAACUCUCCCUGGACCAGAACACGGUGCACAGGAGACUCAGACUGUCUGAAGACAACAGGACGGUGACAUAUGUGAAGGAGGAUCAGCCAUAUCCUGGUCAUCCAGAGCGGUUUGAGACCUGUGUUCAGCUGCUGUGUAGAGAUGGUCUGACUGGUCGCUGUUACUGGGAGGUCGAGAGGAGCGGAGUGGUUGAUAUAUCAGUGAGUUACAGAGGAAUCAGGAGGAGAGGAGACGGAGAUGACUGUUGGUUUGGACGUAAUGAUCAGUCCUGGAGUCUGGUCUGCUAUUACAGUCGUUACUAUGUCUGGCACAAUAACAGAGAAACAGACCUCCCUGAGUCCUUCUCUGUCCCUUGUAGAGUAGCAGUGUAUGUGGACUGUCCUGCUGGCUCUCUGUCCUUCUACACAGUCUCCUCUGACUCACUGAUCCACCUCCACACCUUCAACACCUCAUUCACUCAGACUCUCUAUCCUGGGUUUGGUCUAGCGUUAGAUUCCUCAGUGUCUCUGUGUUCUGUGUAGGGUUAGGGUCUAGGGAUAGGGUUAGGUUCCUCAAUAUCUCUGUGUCCUGUGGAGGACGAGUCCCCCUUUGAGCAAAUUCUGCACAAACAGUUAUAUUUUAUUAUAACUACAUAAAGUGAAAGAGAGAAUUAUAUUCUAUAUAUCUAAUUAUUCAUUAGAACAUUUGUAAAACGGGAACACUUUAUAAUAACAUCAUAUUAAUAGUUAAUUAAUCUUUUUUAUGAAAAUGAACCAUUUAUAAAUGAUGGUUAUAAUAAAGUGUUACCCUUUCAUUUAAAAGCAGAUUUAGGACGGAAGCGCCACUUUUAAGAUUUACCUCCUUUAUAUAUUUUAAUAUUUACCUCCUUUAUAUAUGUAUAUAGUUGCUCUCAGGACUGGGCUCCACCCCCCCCCCCUCCCCUCACAUUUUAUAUCUUAUAUUUGUAGACUUUAUAUUUUAUAUUUUCAUAUGUCGUGUUGACACUGUAAAGGUUUUGCUUCAGUCUCGUUGCCCAGGUACUGCACCGGGUAUAAUGACAUCCCCGUCUCUAUUUAAGUGCUCAUAUCCGAUGGGGCCCCCCCCUGCCACUGAGUGUAAAGCUCUGUAGCAGAGAAGAUGUCUGCGUCCUGUUUUAAAUCCAUAAAUAAAGAAAUGAAGAGAUGACUGGAGGCUUUCUGUUUAAUCUCUUAAUGUGAUGUCUGCUUUAAAAGGUUCAU